AUGUUUUCUAAUUUAAUUAAACUAGAGAAUUUGAAUGACUAUAAUAAUGAAGCUGAAAAAUGUAUUAAGCCCUUCUUAUAUAAGAAUUCCUCUAUUGAUGAUGAGGAAAAUGAAAAUUUUAUACAAGUAGAAAGACCGAAUUUAAUAAAUAUAAAGAAAAUAAAAAAAAAGAAUUAUAAUAGAAAAGAAAGAGGAGAAAUAUCCUUAACGGAUUGUUUAGCAUGUAGUGGUUGUGUUACAAACGAAGAGACUACAUUUUUAAAAAGUCAGAAUUGUAUAGAAAUAAUAAAUACUGUAAAAAAAAAAAAAAUUAAUAUUAUUUCUUUAUCCUUACAAAGUGUAACAGCAUUGUCUGUAUAUUACAAAUUACCAAUAUCAACAAUUCAAAAGAAAUUAUGUUUUUUUUUUAAAUCUUUAAAUUUUCAUUAUGUAUAUGAUUCAUCAUUAGGGGAAUUAAUAACGUUAAAUGAAGCGAAAAAAGAAUUUCUUGAAUAUUUUUUUAAAAAUAAUGAAACAUAUGAAAAUAAUAAUAUAUAUCCUGGUGAUGAUCAUGUUGGAAAUGUAAAUCGUCAAAAGAAAAAAAAUAUAUUAAUUCGUAAAAUAUUUAAUGAUAAGAAUAAAAAAAAAAAAAAUCCGUCAUAUAAUGAUAAUAAUAAUGAUAAUAAUAAAAAUAAUGAUUAUGAUAAAAAUAAUGAUUAUGAUAAUUAUAAUGAUAAUGAUAAUUAUAAAAAUAUUUCUUCAUACUCAAACAAUUCAAGUAAUAAAUUUUCUUUACAAUAUAAAGAUAAAAAAAUAGGACCGAAAACUUUUCCACUUAUAUGUUCCCAUUGUAGUGGUGCUGUUAUAUAUGGAGAAAAAAAUUUUGAUGACGAUUUAUUAAAUAGUUUUAGUAAGAUAAAAAGUAGUCAAGAUAUUCAAGGGAUUAUUUUAAAAAUAUUACAUUUGCAUAACAGUGUUUUAUAUACAUAUCCUUCUUUAAAUAAAUAUAUUUACAAUAAUUUUUUUAGAUUGUAUAAUUAUAAAUUUAAUUGGUUAAAUAUAUGUAGGAAACAUUUUUUAAAGAAUUAUAGAUUUAAUGAUAAUGCGUCAAAAAAAAAAAAUAAUAAUUUUGAUAAUAACAAUGAUAAUGAUAUGGGUGUAUUUAAAGAAAUGGAAACUUUAAAUAUAUAUGAUAUAAAUCAUGUUUAUUUAUUAUAUUGUUUCGACAAAAAGUUAGAAGCUUGUCGAAUACACGAAGAACAACAGAUUAGUAUAGAAAAUAAUAUGAAAAAUUAUUUAUCUCGUCAAAAUGUUGACUAUAAUAUAUUUAUAAAAAAGGAACAAGAUCAAAAUAAAUUUUAUUGUGUAGAUGCUGUUAUGACAACAGUUGAAUUAAUUGAAUUAAUAAAUAAUAUGAACAUUGAUUUUUAUACUUUACCAGAAUUGUAUGUUGAUAAUAUAUAUAACCUUAUAAAAAGAAUUUGUCAAGAUGAUAUACGUGGGGUACAAAAUAUAGUAGGUGCUUCCUCUGAUGUGUUAAAUGAAAAUGUUAGCUCAACAACAAAAAUGAAACACAUCAAAAAUAAUGAUGAUGAUGAUGAUAAUGAUGAUGAUAAUAAUGAUGAUGAUAAUAAUGAUGAUGAUAAUAAUGAUGAUGAUAAUAAUGAUGAUGAUGAUAAUGAUGAUGAUGAUAAUGAAGAUGAUGAUAAUAAUGAUAAUAAUAAUUAUGAUGAUGAUAAUAAUGAUGAUAAUAAUAAUAAUAAUAAUAAUAUACAUACUGCUGAAGAAUAUAAAGAUAAAUCAGUCGCCACAGGGAACAUGAACGAAGAAAAUAAAAAAAAUAACAUCAUGUUAAAUCAUACAGAAGUAAAUUAUAUGAAAUAUAUUUAUGAUGAUUUAUUUUUACAUUAUUUAAUUCGAUGUAGUCAUAAAAAUAAUAUAUCCAUGGGAUAUGGAGAGGAAAUAUUUAAAUAUGUGUGUAAAGAGAUAUUUAAUUUCCAAGUGGAUGAAAAUAGGUUUAAUUUAAAAUAUGAAGACAUAAUUGUUCUUUCUUUAUUUAAUAAUAAUAAUUGUGUGUUUAGGGUAAUCUUAUCUUAUGGGUUUAAGAGUAUGCACAAUGUUUUGAGAAAAAUAAAAGAAUUAAAGAAUGAACAUACAAAGAAUUAUAAAAAUGUCGAUGAACAAGUAUUACAUCAUGAUCAAAAUAAAUAUCAUAUUAAUAUUACAUAUAAUCUCUUAUUUAAUGAUAGAAUUGAUUAUGUUGAAUUAAUGGCAUGCGAAAAGGGUUGUCUUUUUGGAUGUGCUCAGAAUAUUUUUUCAGAACCUGUUGAGAAAUUUUCCUAUUGUUCCUGCAAUAAUUUUGAUAUAUUUAAAAAGUUAGAUAAACAGGAAAUUAUUUCAAACUUUGAUUUUUUACAAGAAUCAAAUGAUAAGAAAAAGAAAGAAACAAACAAAUUUUGUUGUAAUGAGAAUCAUAAAAAUUAUGUUAUGAAUUCUUUAUGUAAUAAUAAUAAUAAUAAUAAUAAUAUACAUACUGCUGAAGAAUAUAAAGAUAAAGAAAAAUUGUUUAAGAAAUUGUUUAAUACCAUGCAUGAUGAUCAAUAUAUUUUAUAUGUAAACUCUAAAAAUUGUAUAUAUGAUCAUACUAUUAAUUCAUUUUUAAAAAAUAUAUUUCACGUUUUUAACAAUGCAAACUUUCAUCUUUUUAAAGCUACCUUCUCUUCAAAAAAAAAAUUGGACAUAAUCAACUGGUAA